AUGGAGCAGGAAUCAAUUCUAGAGGAGCUUCUUUUAAAGAAGUCACAACAGAAGAAAAAAAUUUCACCAGUUAAUUACAAAGAACGACUGUUUGUUCUCACAAAAACAAACCUCUCUUACUAUGAAUAUGACAAAGAGAAAAAAGGAAGCAAAAAAGGAUCAAUUGACAUUAAGAAAAUUCGAUGUGUUGAGACAGUGAAUCAUGAGGAAGAGGCACCUUUGGAGAGACAAUAUCCAUUUCAGAUUGUAUACAAGGAUGGCCUUCUCUAUGUCUAUGCAGCAAACGAAGAGAGCCGAAAUCAGUGGCUGAAAGCUUUGCACACAGAGAUUAAAGACAAUCCUAAUUUACUAAACAAGUAUCACAAAGAAUUCUUCACCAAUGGGAAGUUUCUCUGCUGCAACCAGACAUGUAAAGCAGCCCUUGGAUGUACCAUCUGGAAGAAAUUUAUAGAUAUGAGUCUACCUAGCACAACCAGCUCUGUGAAACCGCUGCCUCCUGUCCCUGGGAAACCGCUGAAGCAUGACAGUCUGCCUCCAGUUCUAGCACCUGGUAAACCCUCGCUGAAGAUCACUGUGGCAGAGUAUGACUAUGAACCCAAAGGAAACUCUGAUAUCCAGCUCAUCAGGAACAACAAGUAUUAUGUUCUGAAAGAAGAGGAUCCUGACUGGUGGCAAGUAAGGGACCUGGAAGGGAAUGAAGGCUUCGCACCAAGUCCCUAUCUGAAAGAGGCUGUAAACAAUAUUUCUUGUUGUAGCUGGUACGCUGGUGAUAUCUCCAGGGCCCAGGCAGAGGAACUGCUGCGACAGAAGGGGAAAGAAGGUUCUUUUAUGGUUCGAAAUUCAAGCCGAGUGGGCAAGCACUCCGUGUCUGUAUUCAGCAAGGCUCUUGAAGAUAAAAAUGGAACUGUCAAACAUUACCAUGUGCACACAAACUAUGAAAACAAAUAUUAUCUGGCUGAAAAUUACUGUUUUAAUUCAGUUCCCCAGCUUAUUCACUAUCAUCAGCAUAACUCAGCAGGUAUGAUUACAAGGCUUCGACAUGCUGUGACUACAAAAGCAAAUAACGUCCCAUCGACAUCAUCCUUAGGAAAUGAGAUCUGGGAGCUGAAACGAGAGGAAAUCGUCCUGCUCAAGGAAUUAGGAAGUGGCCAGUUUGGAGUGGUGCAGCAGGGAAAAUGGAAGGGAAAGUACGAUGUUGCCAUUAAGAUGAUUAAAGAAGGAUCAAUGUCAGAAGAUGAAUUCAUAGAGGAAGCUCACACCAUGAUGAAACUUAAUCAUCCCAAACUUGUUAAGCUCUAUGGGGUUUGCACAGAGACAUAUCCCUUCUAUAUAGUGGCAGAAUAUAUGGCUAAUGGCUGCUUGCUUAACUACUUGAGGAGUCACGGAAAGGAACUGCAACCCUUUCAGCUGCUGGAAAUAUGUCAUAGCAUUUGUGAAGCUAUGACUUUCUUAGAGAGCCAGCAGUUCAUUCAUCGAGACUUGGCUGCUAGGAACUGCUUGGUUGACAGUGAUCUUACUGUGAAGGUGUCUGACUUUGGGAUGGCUAGGUAUGUUCUGGAUGACCUGUAUGUAAGUUCAUUAGGAACUAAGUUUCCAGUGAAGUGGUCGGCACCAGAAGUUUUUCAUUAUACUAAGUUUAGCAGCAAGUCGGAUGUAUGGGCCUUUGGGAUCUUAAUGUGGGAGGUGUUCACUUUGGGAAAGCAACCCUAUGAACUGUAUGAUAACGUUCAAGUGAUUGAGAAGGUUUCUGAGGGAUAUCGGCUUUACCGACCACAACUGGCCUCAGAGACCAUCUACCAGUUAAUGUACAGCUGCUGGCAUGAGCUACCAGAAAAGCGCCCCACGUUUCAUCAACUCCUAUCAAUUAUUGAGACACUCAGAGAAGAUGACGAGUCUUGAAGACAAGUCCUCAUCAUGUGGCUUUUGAAUAUUGGUUGACAUAUCACCAGUUUACUUUGUGGGAGCUAAUAUUUUUGUGCAAAUUCUGAAAUCUGACUGACUUCAGAUUUGGCUGACUCCAGCAAUAUUACACUGGUUUUUCAUUGUCUUUUAAUUCGCAGUGCUUUGACAACACAGAGUAAAGAAGAAAGCUCUUGUGAUGUUGUGGUGACUUGGUAUUGUCUGAAAGAAGAGUGUAGAAGUAUAAUACUGAUGCUGUUAGUAUGACCCCCCUCCCCCGCCCGCCCCUAGUACUUCACAAGCAGAGAACUAUCCAGUAAUAAUAUAAACUCUUUCAAGGUUUGUUGUGGUGUUGGGUUUUUUUAGGUCACAACAGGAUUUUAUUAAUCUUUAUUUGGAAAAUGUAAACAUGGGCAAUACAAGCUUACUAGGUUUUCUCAUUAUCAUAUCAGAUCUCAGGGUAUUUUCUGUUGUAUAAACCUGAGGUUGGUAUUAUGGGUCAAAUUCAUACCUGGUGCAAGU